AUGUCGUCAUCUUUUAGAAUCGUAUGGGUUGUUCGGCAUGCGGAAAGGGAAGACAACUUCAAUCCAAACUGGCAAAGUUUACCUCAAGCUCGUGGUUUAGCCGACGAUGAUCCUUUCUUGAGCGAACGUGGUCGUCGUCAGGCACAAGAAGUUGCAGCAAGAUUUAGGAACAUUCCUCUUGCACAUGUUUUUGCUUCCCCAUUUUAUAGAACUAUGCAGACGGCGUCUAUAGUUGUAGCUGGUAAAAAAAUCUUGAUAAAGCCAGAACCAGGGUUAUGUGAGGCCUUGCAUCACUGCUGUAGUCCUCCAGGCUUUAUGAAUUCGCUAAGAUUAAAACAAAUCUUUCCACUUACUGACACAAGUUAUGUUCCUGUUUUCACAAAGGAAACGUUGCCAAAAGAGCCAUUUGCCGACAAUGCCAGCGUCCCCAGAGUACGCCAUACAUUUACGCAAAUUACACAAAAAUAUAAGGGAGACUUGCUCUUUGUAAGCCAUGCUCCCCCCAUAGGAGCCAUACAUGAAGCAUGGAAUUACUGCUAUGUUUGCGUAGGACAAGCUACUCGGACGCUAGUCACCUAUCUGAUAAAAGAAAUCUUAGGCCUUUUUAGAAGUUAUUAUUAUUGCGGCAGUAUGUAA